AUGGCUGGCGAUGAGGAUCGAAGCGAAGGCGGGCCUGUCCUCGCCGAAGGGUCCAUCUCUGAGGACACAACUACAAGCGCUACCCAGAGUUCCUCCAAGUGGAAAGAAGCGGAUGAUGCGAGCGAAGAACAAGAAGCACCAACGACUGGGAGCCAGAAUCCCGACGAAGGAGGGAAUCUGGAGAGUGACGGAGCCGCGCCCGCUUGGUUCACUCCGUAUUUGAACCGUCUUGCGCAACUCGAAAAGGCGGCAGACGAUCGGACGAAAAGCACAAGCAACACGCCCAGCACUAGCAACAAUGACAGAGAGCUCAGCCUUGAAGUCAAACGGCUUUCAAUGGAGAAGUGGCAGCCAGGGAGAGGGUUCGACCGCAACGAGAUCCGUUCGAAUGUCUUGGUCGUCUACUACAAGACGGUCAUCAAGAUGAGUGCCACGGAUAAGUCAUCCAACACUUCUGAAUUGCUCGAAGUUCCUCAAAGAGUGCAAAUCAACUCGAGGCCAUUGCUUGCAGAGCUUGAGUUCAUGACCGGCACGACGAUGGCAAGAACUCCGUGUGUGAUGAUACCACCGUUCAAGGUAUUCGUCACGUACAGAGACAAGAUUGCAGAAGAGCUCAAGGCAAAGAAGGCAUCCAUCAGCCAGUGGGAGACAGACAUGGAGAAGGAAUCACGGCUCAUCGGUCCGAGGGACGCCAGAGCAGAGGAAGAGAAGAAGAGAGAAAAGCUUGCGAUGGAGCACCUUGAGUGUCUCCUCACUUGGAUCGAUGAGGACUUGGCUGGUGCUCUUGAGCUGAGAAAGCAGGUGCAAAGCCGAACGCUCAAGAGGAUCAGCUACGAGAAUCUUUGGCACCUGUUCCGCGUCGGCGAUAUGGUGUUCAACAAUGAAGAAGCGUUGAAAGGCCGCGAUAUGGACUGGCUCACAUACCCCCGUGCAUAUCGCGUCUAUCAGAUUGCUGGGGGAAGACCGUCAAUUGGUGGAACGCGAAGGGUUAGCCAAUUGGACACGAGCCCGGCACCCACCAGCACCGACAAAGGACCGGAGAAAAGGGACGGCAACCAGGAUGAGUUCAAGAUACCGUUCAGAGUCGGCUUGCACUGCACCGACUACGAUGGCUCGUACUUCAGCCCAUACUUCGGCGCAGCCACUUUCACCUUCCGAGACUUCAAGGGCGAGAAACCGAUCAUGGAGCUUGAAUUCUACCCUGCCGACUUCGAUCCGAACUAUGCUACCCGCCGCCAAUAUUUGAUUGAUCGUGGCAGAAAAUUCUUGGAACUGCUUCAACCAUCCCACAGAUACUACAACGGGCUCACGCUCAACGAGGAUCCGGAAGACAUCGAUGGAGAAGUGGUUGUUGAUCCCCGAACUUGCGUGGAGAUGGAGCCUGAAAACAUGGUCUUUGAUGAUGAAGGUCUAUCCCGGAUUAAAUUCAGCAACCAAUCCGCCGAGUUUUACGAAGCCACGGGCUGUGGAGAUGAGAGCUGCUCGGGAUGCACAAACAACUGGGAUGACAACCUUCUUGAAUACAAAUACUACGACGAUUACCUCCCAGAGGAGCAUGGAUUGCAGACCAUAUGGGCUUCAGACGCGAAAAGCAAGAUCACGGACGAACAUCUCGUAUACAUGCCGAGAGAUAUUCCGGGCUUCGUCCUCAGGACUAGAACUUGGAAGUGGCUCGAUAUUGAGCUCAUCAAGCGCGUCGAAGAGCAGGAACAAGAGGAGAGACUAGGGUUCGAAGAGCUUGUGAUCAAUCAAAAGCACAAAGACAUGGUCCUUGCUUUGGUCCGGAGCCACCAUUCGGGCCCUCGUGCGGAGGCCGGUGGUUCCAUGGAUCUGGUAAGGGGCAAAGGCCGAGGCCUCAUCAUCCUGCUCCACGGAGCUCCAGGAGUAGGAAAGACUUCGACGGCGGAGACGGUCGCUGCAUACACCAAGCGACCACUUUACCCCAUCACCUGCGGCGAUAUAGGAGAGAAGGCGGACCAGGUGGAGAAGACGCUGGAGAAGCAUUUCCAGCUCGCCCACAAGUGGGGAUGCGUCCUUCUGCUCGACGAAGCAGACGUCUUUUUGGCGAAAAGAACAGAGGGGGAUGUCCAGCGCAAUGCACUCGUCUCAGUGUUCCUCAGAACGCUGGAGUACUACUCCGGGAUCCUAUUCUUGACGACGAACCGGCUGGGCGUCAUCGACGAGGCCUUCCACUCUCGCAUCAAAAUGUCCUUCUUCUACGACAAUCUGAACUGGGAAAGAAGCCGCAAGAUCUGGCGAAACUGCCUCAACAAGAUCAAGCGGGCCAACGACAAGGCGAGCAACACCGACGACCAGCUCAUGGUCGAGUGCGUCGACGAGGACGCCAUCCUGGACUUCGCCCACGCGCACUUUGAGGCGAACAGACGGCUCAGCCAAUGGAACGGACGGCAGAUCCGAAACGCUUUCCAGACGGCCAUCGCACUGGCCCGCUACGACCUGCACGCAAAAGCGGACAAGAGAAUGGCAGCAGGGAAGCUCAGCAAAGAGGAUGCCGAAAGGAAGGAGAAGUGGCGGACGGUAAAGCUCACGGCGGAGCAUUUCGAAAAGGUUGCCGAGGUGACGACCGAGUACCAUAAGUAUGUCAAGAGGAUGCAGAAAGGAAAGACGCCAGAGCAGCUGGCCGUUCUAUCGCAGCUACGCGCUACCGGCGAGGAGUCCGAGACGGCCACGCCCACUCUGAGCGGCAGACCCAGGCUUUUUCGCCAGGCUGUCAGUACGGAGGAAAUGCCAGGAAAGGGGAGGAUGAAGAAAAAAAUGGUAGCUCAGCAGCCGGGCUCGGUCUCGGAUUCCGAGGAGCGGCGUCCGCCGGAGCCCGCGAAGAAGAAGAACGGUAAGCAGCCGGACUCGGAAAGCAACAGUAGUGGCGGCGUUAGCGAUAGUGAUGAUGAUUGA